AUGGCUUCCUGGUUCCAGAUCCCCAAGAACUCCCCGUUCUCGCUCGCCAACAUCCCGUUCGGCAUCAUCUCCACACAGUCCACAUCAAAGGCAGCUGCGAUUGCAAUCGGUGAUCAUGCAUUGAACUUGAGCGCAUUUGCUUCAUCCGGAGGUUUCUCACAGCUGCCGGCUUUUGAGCAACACCUAGCUGUUUUCAGCCAGCCCACACUGAAUGACUUCGCUGCCCUUGGUCGCCCUGUGCACCGUCAAGUGCGCGAGUACCUACAAAAUAUCUUCCGCGCCGAUACAAAGUUCCCCCAGCUUCUUAAGGACAAUGUCUCCCUCCAAAAGUCAGCUCUGCUGCCUUUGUCUCAGGUGACCAACCAUCUGCCCAUGCAGAUUGGCGAUUACACCGAUUUCUUUGCUGGUAUGCACCACGCCUUCAACAUUGGCGUUCUCUUCCGUGGCCCAGAAAAUGCGCUCCAGCCCAACUAUAAGCACCUGCCCGUUGCCUACCACGGCCGUGCCUCAUCAGUCGUUACUUCAGGCACACCCAUCCACCGCCCCCAGGGUCAGGUCCUGGCAAACCCCGCCGCGGACCCCAAGGUGCCCAUCUUCUCCCCUUGCAAGAGGCUCGACAUCGAGCUGGAGCUUGCUUGCUUCAUCAGCAAGCCCAAUGAUCUCGGCAAGCCUAUCCCAGUUGACGAGGCCGAGGACCACAUUUUCGGUCUGGUUCUCAUGAAUGAUUGGUCUGCCCGUGACAUUCAGGCCUGGGAAUACAUCCCCCUGGGUCCCUUCAAUGCGAAGAACUUCGGUACCACCAUCACCCCCUGGGUUGUUCUCAUUGAUGCUCUCGAGCCCUUCCGCACUGUCGGUUUAGAGCCUUCAAACCGCGAGUCUCUGCUCCCCUACCUGCGCGAGAAGUCUGCCGAGGGUGCCUACGAGAUCCCCCUCGAUGUUGAGGUCACCAACGCCGGUGGUCAGCCCACUAUUAUUGCUAACAGCAACGCUAAAAAUCUGCUCUACUCUUUCCCUCAGAUGAUUGCUCACCACACGGUCACAGGCUGCAACUUGCGCACUGGUGACUUGCUGGGAUCGGGUACUAUCUCUGGUAAGGAGGAUGGGACUCAGGGUAGUUUCUUGGAACAGACCAAGGGAAAGACUCCCCUUAAGCUGGCAGAUGGCUCUGAGCGUAUGUUCGUUCAGGAUGGUGACACUGUUACUCUGCGCGGUAUGGCUGGUACAGAAGGCAACUAUGUCGGUUUCGGCGACUGUGUUGGCACUAUCCUGCCUGCCAUUUCGCUGCAGUAG